AUGACAGAAAUAUCAGUUACACAGCAUGCAGACAGUUGUGUCAAUUCUGAAUAUAUUUUAGCAGUUGGGAUUCAUGGGAGGUGGAAUGUUACUUUAACGUCCCUUCUGAUUAGCAAAAACUAUUUGUUGGCAAUGAUCCUAUCUUUCUUAGAGUACUUUCUUGAAAUUAUGUUGUGUCCCAGUCUGAAGGAAUACUGGUGGGUUAGUCAGACAGGCCUUACAAUGGUUAUAGUGGGAGAAAUCAUCCGUAAACUGGCGAUCAUAACUGCAGGUCGGUGUUUUAUUCAGGACCGUCACAAGCUAGCUACUCAUGGAGUCUAUAGUUUUGUUCGUCAUCCUGGAUACAGUGGUUUCCUCGUGUGGGCAGUUGGCACUCAAAUCAUGGUCUGUAAUCCCCUUUCAACCAUUGCAUUUGCUGUUGUCGUUUCGCACUUCUUUGCCGAACGGAUUCCAUAUGAAGAGUACUUCUUGAGACAGUUUUUUGGUCAUGAGUAUGAGAAAUACACGAAUCGGGUGUCCUCUGGAGUGCCAUUUGUGAAAUGA